AUGCCGCUCUCUUCGAUUCCUUCAGAUGCCGUCAAGUGCGCAGAAUACAUCUUUUCAAGGCUCUAUAGCCUUGGCAUACGUUCUGUUUUCGGUGUUCCUGGAGACUACAACCUACGUCUUCUGGACUUUGUUGAGCCUGCAGGGCUUCAUUGGGUGGGCAAUUGUAACGAGCUUAAUGCCGCCUAUGCUGCCGAUGGAUACUCCAGAAUAAAUGGAAUCAGCGCUCUCAUCACUACGUUUGGCGUGGGCGAACUAUCAGCUGCCAAUGGCGUAGCUGGUGCAUAUGCUGAGAAGGCGCCCAUUGUCCACAUCGUGGGCACACCGGCCCGAAGCCUUCAGGACCGACGAGUGUUCAUGCACCAUACACUUGCAACGGGCGAUUAUCGUCAGUUCGCUGCCAUUCAUCAACAAAUCACGGCCGCUCAAGUCAACUUGGUGGACCCUCGGACAGCCCCGGACCAAAUCGACUGGGUUCUACAAGAAGCCCUGUUCCACCAGCGACCGGUGUACAUUGAGGUUCCCGAUGAUAUGGCGGAUGCCUUGGUUUCAACUGAUAACCUAAAGAAGAAGCCGGUACUGGCUGUCCCCCAUGUGCCUGAGGCCCAAUAUGAGGAUAGUAUUGUCGAGAGAGUCCUCGGCCGAAUCGAUUCAGCGAAACGGUCUGCUAUCCUUGUGGAUGGGGAAACUAGAGGUUUGGAAAUACUUGAUCUGGUAGAAGAGUUGUCUAAGCAGACGAUGUGGCCUACUUGGACGACAAUCUUCGGCAAGGGCCUCAUCAACGAGUCCAUGCCCAACGUUUAUGGUAUCUUUCAGGGAAAAUAUGCCCUUGAAAGCUGGAAAGAGUAUUUCCAAACAGCCGAUCUUAUCCUUCAUUUUGGGCCUCAUCUUAGUGACACCAAUUCAUUUGGCUUUUCAGCUGUUCCCAGAGAAAAUGUCACCAUAGCCAUUUCUCAACACACCGUGCGGGUAGAUGGGGUGCUCUUCCGGGAUCUCCCUCCCCGUCGCUUCAUGUCUAAAAUUCUCUCAAGCUUGCAGCCUUCGAAACUCGGUGCACAAGGCCCUCCGCACCACCCACCGCCGGCGGUAGAUCUGGAUAAAUCCUUACCUCUUACACAGAAGCACUUUUAUCACUAUAUCAAUUCCAUCUUUAAUGAAGGAGACAUCAUCCUUGCCGAGACAGGCACCGCGGCUCAUGGAUGUCGGCAGUUCAAGCUCCCACCCAAGAGCCGGCUUCUCACUGCUGUCACCUGGCUCUCCAUCGGCUACAUGGUCCCAGCUGCUCUUGGGGCUGCUCUUGCACAAAGGGAGAUUCUCGGAUGUAGUGACCACCGCAGAGAUGGAGUUUCGGGCAAAGAGCGCGUGGUUCUCUUUGUUGGCGAUGGCAGUCUUCAGAUGACUGUGCAAGAAAUCAGCACCAUGAUAAAGGAAGGUUUAAAUAUCACUAUCAUAAUCCUUAACAACAACGGGUAUACGAUUGAGAGGGCAAUACAUGGGAGGAAGCAGCGGUAUAACGAUAUCGCGAGUUGGGACCAUGCCCAUAUCCUCCCCCUACUAGGGCAGCAAAGCUCAGCCUUGGAAAGUUUCCCCCGGGCAAGAACAUGGGGAGAACUAGAAGCGAUUAUUGGAUCUGUAGAAUUCACUUCGGGGAAGGGAGUUAUGAUUAUUGAGGUAUUUUUUGAUCAAGAGGAUUGCGAGGGAAGCUUGCGAGAGAUGUUGAACGAACAGAUACGGAAGGGAUAA